GGACAGGGGAAGGUGAGUUUUGAAGAAUGCUAUGGAGGAAAUCAUUCCUCCAAACAUUUUAAUCCCCGAGUUGUUGUUUUCCCCCGAUUUCAUUAGAAAAUAAAAACAUGCCAAUCCACCACCGCAAGGUAAGCAGUCGUCUUGAUGGUUUUCUCAUACACUGUUUGUUCUCCUAAUUUAAUUUAUCUCGCUCUCUCGCUCUCUCCCGCUGGACCAGGAGCCAGGGAUGACGUCUCCUGUGAGCAUCGGAGCGAAUAAAAACUUCAGAGGGCAGAAAUGAAGCUUCAUAAACAGCAAAGCCCAGGCACUCAGCAGGGGAAGCAGAGCAGAGGUUCAUGAGUUCUCCAGCCAAUUUUUUUAUAUAUACAAAAGACUCUUAAAAGGGGGCAGGCUGCCUGCACGGGCAUCACCAUCAGGCUUUGAGAAUGACUGUCGCUCCGAAGUUAAUUCUUCUACUGAGCCUCUGCUCCUAUGGCUCAGCCCAGAUGCCUGGAGGAAGAGGUGAGUUAAGAUUCCCUUUUGCAGUCUCGUUCUUUCUCAAGAAAGUCAGGAGGGGUUUGUAAAAUAAACCAUCCAGGUUGAUUUUUUUCAUUCUUUAAGUCAUCCCCCAUUGAGGCUCCUGUGUGAUCAGUUCCCUUCUGUUUUAGCAACAUAUCCUGGUUUUCUCAUUAAAUCUUGAUAGCAUGGUUCAUGUUUGCCUAGGUAGCUGGCUGCUAACUGCACCUUAAAGACGAACCAAGUUACGCGAACAAUUAUUUUACAUGUAAUCUUAACUGGGUUUUGCCCCUCAAGCCCUUCUAAGCCUGGGGUUGGGCCAGGCAAAAGCUACGGUCAGGCAAAGAAUCAUAGACACCGAGAGACAACAGGACUGCUCAAGGUGCCCCAACUAUAAAAUUGGAGAAAUCGAGAGAUAUAUAGCUGCACCGGCAGCAUAUCUCUUCUUUCUCGUAUCCAAAAAUGCAAGAAGGGCUUUUACACUCGCCGGAAGCUCGGCUCUGCCCUCGCCGGAUUCUUUAAAAAAGUCCCAUAUGCUCAGAGACUUUGCGCCUGUUCAUUGGGGGAGCUAGGAAGCCCAGAGCACUUGCUCUUUAGAUGUCCCUUUUAGGAAGAGGCACGUAGUGAGACCACUGAUCCCCUGCUGGUGAGGCUCGCUGACCUCCCGGGAAAGCAAAAAUUGACCUUUUCCUGUUAGGCAAAGAUCAUAAGACGACCCGGAUGGUCGCCAGAUUCUGUGUACAGAUCUGUAGGCGCAGACCAUCCCCUGGCUCAAACUAGUUCGUUAAGAAAAUCCCCAAACUCGGUUACAUGGGUGAUUCUGGGUCAUCUCUCUGCGGUAGCUUAUCUUAAAGUUUUAAGUGUCUAUACGCUUAUCGCAUUUAUAAAUUUCAAAUUUAUUGGUGUACAUUGUUUUAAAUGUUUGUUUUGCUUCUGGGAUUGUAGCCCCAAGUGUGUUUUAUAAGCUGGUCUCUGACCGUAAUAAAUUAUCUGUCUAUCUAUCUACAUGUAAUCUUUAGCACCCUCGAAUUCUAGAGUUGGAAGGGACCCAUGAGGGUUGUCUAGUCUUAAUCCCCUGCUGUGCAGAAAUUAGCACUAGAAAAUCCAUGGCAGGUGGCUAUCCAACCUCAGCUUAGAAACCUCCAAGGAAGGAGAGUCCGCCAGCUCUGGAGCGAGACCGUUCCACAUCAGAAAGUUCUUCCUGGUGUUUAGUCCGAAUCUCCUUCCUUGUCGUUCGAAUCCAAUGGUCCAAGUCCAGCCCCCUGGGGCAGCAGAAAGCAAGCUUAGUCUUAGCUCAGCUGUGUUUGCCUUUGAGAGAGAGAGAUACACACAUUUCCUCAUGUAAAGAUGGACAGAUCUGUCAAUCUUAUUCCCCCCCUCAUUGGUUUUUUGUUGUUGUUGUUUUAAAAAAGAAUUUUGGUUAUAAUAAUUAAUGAUACAGAGGAAAAGAAAAGUGAGAGGGAAAAGAUGUGUAGAAUACAUCUAACAGAUGUAGGCUUUGUUUGGAUAAAUGUAACAAUAUUUGUAGUUAUAGGUAGGUAGCCAUGUUGGUCUGCCGUAGUCAGAACAAAAUAAAUAAAAUAAAAUAAAAUAAAAUAAUAAAAAAUUUCCUUCCAGUAGCCCCUUAGAGACCAACUAAGUUUUUUAUUGGUAUGAGCUUUCGUGUGAAGAAGUGUCCAUGCACAUGAAAGCUCAUACCAAUAACAAACUUAGUUGGUCUCUAAGGUGCUACUGGAAGGAAUAUUUUUAUUUUUUACUUUUAUUUUUAUUUUGUUUCAACAAUAUUUGGUAUGAGUUUAUACAGAAUGCAGUAGGAUUUUAACAUCUACAUACAUAUGUAUUAGGAUACAUAUGUAUUAGGAUAAUAAAGUCAUAUCUAUUUAAGAAUGUAUGAGAGUAUAUUACAUUGCAUCCUUGCAUACGGUUUCUGUCUUUCUUCCUCCUUAUUGUUCACUUAGCCACCUUUCCACAUUAGUUUGCAAAGCUUUUUCUUUUUUAAAAAUAAUAAUAAUCCUCCUGAAGAUUCAUCAGAAUUUUGUUGUGCAGUUAUCCUAUAAUUUAUUUAUUUUCCAUAAUAAAAUAUAUAUACCGCUUGAUUGUAGGUAAAAACAUCUAUGUGUCCUGCAGGAAAUAUUAAAAACAUUAAUGAAAGUAGUUUAAAAUGUUUGGAAAUAAUUAAAAUUAGCAGUAAAAUAUAUUAAAACACGUCAAAAUAUCGACAUGUCCAGCCUGGGUAUGUUUGCAUAAAAAAAAAUGUUGAUUUCAAUCGGCAGGGAGUUCCAUAAGGUAUACCUUUUGGUAUGCAAUGUUGCAUACUGUACAAACUUUGCAAGCAAUUUUAAAAAUAUUUUCACUAAUGCAUGCAUCUUUAUGCACAUACUAUUUGCCUGGAAAACUGCAUUGCAAAAUGAUGAUGAUGAUGAUUUAAAUUUCCAUUCCACCCUUCAUCUGAGGAUCAUUGGGUGGUUUACAAUAUAAAAACACAAAAAUACAUAAUAUAGUAGCAAACAGAAACAAUACCCACCCCCAAGUUUAAAAGGCUAGGGCUAGGAGAAGAGGAACGUUUUUGCCUAGUGUCUAAAGAUACGAAGUGAAGGCACCAGGCAGGCCUCCCUGGGGACAGCAUUCCACAAGCAGGGAGCCACCACAGAAAAGGCCCUGUUCUCGUGUUGCCACCCUCCAGACCUCUUGCAGAGGAGGCUCCUCCUAAAUAUCUUGGAAAUUGGACCCAAGUAAGAAGUGUGUUGGUGGGACACGGGUGGCGCUGUGAGUUAAACCACAGAGCCUAGGACUUGCCGAUCAGAAGGUUGGCGGUUCGAAUCUGAUGGGGUGAGCUCCCGUUGCUCAGUCCCUGCUCCUGCCAACCUAGCAGCUCGAUAGCACGUCAAAGUGCAAGUAGAUAAAUAGGUACCGCUCCGGCGGGAAGGUAAACAGCGUUUUCGUGCGCUUCUCUGGUUCGCCAGAAGCGGCUUAGUGCUGCUGGCCACAUGACCCGGAAGCUGUAUGCUGGCUCCCUCGGCCAAUAAAGCGAGAUGAGCACCGCAACCCCAGAGUCGGCCACGACUGGACCUAAUGGUCAGGGGUCCCUUUACCUUUACCUUAAGAAGUGUGUUCUUGCUUGCCUCAUCACAGUUGAGCCAGAUCAGUGAAAAAACUGACCAGCAGGUAUAGUCAGCUCAUGGAACUCAUUGCCACAAGAACCCACUGGCUGGCUGUGGCUCUCCAGGGUUUCAGACUCCGGGGUCUUUUCCAUCCUGAUCUGGAGGUGUCCCUGGGCAACAGGCAAACCUCCCCACUUGCAAGCUGAAUUAACGCUUUGUCACUUGACAUGGAAACGAGAAAGGGAGAUUUAGGGGCUGUAUGAUUUCCAACAGCAAGACAGGAACACAGGAUCUUGCGUGAUUCUGGACCGUUUUGAAAAAAGCAUCGCCCAAAAAAAUAAAAGGGGGGAUGGAAACACUGAGUGGUGGAGAGGGGCAGAAUACCAGAAAAUAGGCAGAGUGUCCUUAUUGAAAACGGGGGGGGGGGGCAGUGUGUAUGCCCUGAAUGGGGGCGGGGAGUAUUAUUAAUUUUAUAUUUGUUUAAAAAGUUUUAAAGGUGCUCCUCUCUACCAGUGGUUCAGUCAGGGCAUGUGAGCAGUCCUCAGUGAUGAGGGCUUUUAUCGCACCAGGAUGGAUGAGCAAUAAUCAAUAACGGUCUCGUUAGGAGCACAGUUCACUCCUGGGAAGGGGCGGGCAGAGCCUGCCAGAGACUUUGUCAAGCCCAGUGAGCAGCUACAAUUCCGAGCACAAUUCAAAGUGUUGGUGCUGACCUGUAAAGCCCUAAACAGCCUCCAUCCUGUAUACCUGAAGGAGCGUCUCCACCCCCUUCGUUCUGCCUGGACACUGAGGUCCAGCGCCGAGGGCCUUCUGGCGGUUCCCUCCCUGCGAGAAGCCAAGUUACAGGGAACCAGGCAGAGGGCCUUCUCGGUGGUGGCACCCUCCCACCAGAUGUCAAAGAGAAGAACAACUACCAGACUUUUAGAAGACAUCUGAAGGCAGCCCUGUUUAGGGAAGCUUUUAAUGUUUAAUAGACUACUGUAUUUUAAUAUUCUGUUGGAAGCUGCCCAGAGUGGCUGGGGAAACCCAGCCAGAUGGGUGGAGUAUAAAUAAUAAUAAUCAUUAUUAUUAUUAUUAUUAUUACAUAUAAUAAUAAUGGCAUAGAUGCAGGUGGGAGGUCUUAGAGGGGCAAGGCUUUGGAGGAGAGUGAGUAGAUCAAAGUGUUGGUGCCACUACAAAGAAGGCCCCCUGCCCAGCAUCCUGGCAGAUCAAAACUGAGGGAGGGAGGGAGGUGGUUUUUGCUAGGGUGGGGGGAAGAGAGGAUUAGCUCCUCUUCCCAAAACCAGAAUGAAAAGCGGGUCUCCCUGAGGCAGCUCCUAGCCCUGGAUUGCAACAACAACAACAACAACAACAACAGCAACAAUAAUAAUAAUUCUACAAAUCACUUUCAAGGGACGCAUUUCAUACCCUGUCUAGAAAGAGUCUCUGGGGCUCAUUCAGCAGAGCUGUGACACCUCAGUCACAACCUGAAAUGGCUGUUCUGCAAUUGUGGGGGGCAAGUCAUUUGGUGGGGUUUGGAGAAUAUUUCCUGAGGUGUUUUUUUGGGGGGAGGGGGGCAUAUGACCUAACACUGGAAGCUGCAACCUUUUAAAGUCUAAAAAACCCGAGGCUUUGUAAGUUUGAGCAGGAACGGACUUGUGGAACGAGCUUCUGGACCAUUUACCUUGCAGGGUGGAGUGGAUGAAGAGCUGCCGGUUUGCAGGGCUUAAUUGGGGUUGGAACAACUUGUGUAAUUGCAAUUACAGGCAGGCACACACACACACACACACACACACACACACACACACACAAACACCAGUUAACCCUGAAGUUUUAGCUCCACAGAUGUGCACAUACCACAAUUUGUAUUUUAAUCAAUUGUUUUUAUACCUGGUGUUAGCCGCCCUGAACCUGGUCUUGGCUGGGGAGGGUGGGGUAUAAAUAAAAUUUAUUAUUAUUAUUAUUAUUAUUAUUAUUAUUAUUAUUAUAUCUGAUCGUGGGCACCCCAAACUGCCCUGUCUUGUCUUAAAAAAGGACCUUGAGGAGUUGUGGGGAAAGUGCAGAAAAGGGUGACCAAAGUUAUCCUGUCCCUAUUUGCACCCUGUUGUGGGAUAGCUCAGUCCAUAGAGCAGGCAUUGGCAAAUUCGGCCCUCCAGAUGUUUUGGGACUACAACUCCCAUCAUCCUUGACCACUGGUUCUGCUAGCUAGGGAUGAUGGGAGUUGUAGUCCCAAAACAUCUGGAGGGCUGAGUUUGCCAAUGCCUGCCGUAGAGCGUGAGGGCUCUUGAACUCAGGGUCGUGUGUUCGAGCCCCAGGUUGGGCAAAAAGAGUCCUGCGUUGCAGGGGGUUGGACUAGAUGACCCUCAUGAUCCCUUCCAACUCUACAAUUCUACGAUUCCCUAUACAUGAAGCCGCCAUUAGCCCAUCUAGUGCAGUUUUGUCUGCACUGACUGGCAGCAGCUGUCCCAAGAGCUCAGGCAGGGAGAGAUUCCUUGGAGGCGCUGGGUUUGAACCUGCUCUACCCACUAGGCUAUAGGCCCUCCCCUAAAAAAAAUGGAGGUUUUCGUUUAACGGGGAAAAGUGAUUAAGAAGGUACUUGGUUAAAUAAAGUAUAGAUGAAGAAAAAGUAGAUAGAAAUGUGUGUGUGUGUGUGUAAUAUCCUCUCUCUUGCAUAGUAUUUCCUCACUUGGGUUCAUCCAUUUAAUCUCAACCAAUCCACAAAAUGAAUUUCACUAUGUCACUCAGCAGAUAAUUAAACUUGUGGAACUCACUGCCACAAGAUGUUGUUGCAGCAGCAGCCGGAUGGCUUUAAAGUGGGGAGGGGGAAUUAGAUAAAUUCAUGGAGAAGGAGAGGUCUAUCAAUGGCUGUUGGUCAAGAUAGCUAAAAGGGAACCUCCCUAUUCCGAUGCAAGCUACCUGUUGCUGGACAGCAAUCGCAGCAGUUGAUCGGUUGAGGUGGCUGGCUGGACAAAGAGCAGGGAGCAGGGGUUGGGUCUCAGGUGCCACCAAACUGAAUUAUCUCUGUGAAUAGAUUAAUCAACUAAAACAAAAGUUGAUUGAAACUUUAACUGCAAGGGGGCAGAUUUUAAUUGUAAAAAGGGGGGGAAAGCUGGUUUUGCUGCUUUACUUUGAGAGAGCGUGACUGAAGAUGGCUUCUCUGCUUAACUGGUAUACCUUGUUCCCAAUUCAUGGUUUCUCUGAAGUGACUCAGGCAGGCAGCUCCUCUGAGAUUUCUAACUGGUCAGAUAAUUGUGUUCAAAAGGCUGAAUACGGGGCUGAGCAGGCGCCUUAGCUCAGAGUCAGCCCCGUGAUUUUCUUGCGCCGUGAAGUAACGGGAAAAUAUCCGAUGCAUUCUCAUUGCAGGCGGAGACCUUUCGCCCCAGAUGCUCUCGGAGAUGAGGGAGACGAACCAGGUUCUGCGGCAGAUCACAGAACUGCUGAAACAGCAGGUAAGGGAGGCGCGAAGCCAGUCGCACCCUCCUCCUUUUAAGUUAAAAAGGAGAAAAAUAUUAAAACACCUGAACCCUACAUAGCCAUUCCCCACCAUCAAAUUAUGUGCUAAUUGCACACAGGCUAUUUGCAUACCAGAUCUUUUUUAAAUAACAACAACAACGGUUUUCCUUAAGCAUUUGAUAAUUAUUUCAGUUCCAGGAUUCUACUGUUGGUAGAGUAAUAAUUUGUUUUGCAUGGGGUCACCUCUAUCCAACCCAAGCUGUAGGAUUUUCCUCAUUUGCAGUGUUCUCUAGUGCUUGCCAAGCUUUCAUAAGGACUAGAAACUUGCAAAGAAACUGCAAGUGGAGGAUGCAGGCUGCAGGGUGACGUUGGUCAGCAUCCCACCCCAGAUGCCAAAUCCUGGCUUUAGGUAAAGGUUACCAGAUUUUUUUUCAAUGAAUCCAGGGACGCUUUUCAACUUCAAUGGAUUUUGUAUGGGGACUGGUUUGUAAAUCCGGGGACCGUCCCUGGGAAAUGGGGACGUCUGGUAACCUACUUGUUACACCUGGGGAAGCCUCUUUUGCAUUGCAUCCACCUAAACUAAUGGACUGGAUUAAACCGUGUCCUUUCAUUUCAGUGGGUCUGUCUGAGCAUGGCCACCGUUUGAGAACAUCCCCAAGAACUGAUUCUGUAGCCCUGAUUAUAAUGGACAAGAAGCAAUUACCAUAGCUGUCAACUUUCAGAUUUGAAAAUAAGGGAUCAGCAGCCUCACCUGUCCCAGGGACAGUCUACGGUAUAUCUAACAAUCCGGGAUAGCAGCGGGAAGCAGCGGGAAACGGCUCUGGAAUAAGGGAAUUUCCCGCAAAAAAGGGAAGGUUGACAGCUAUGGCAAUUACAAUAUUGUGACCUGGGAGAACAUGGCAAGGAUCCUGAACCUAAAGAGUGAAAGUCUGGGCCAAUCCAACCUCCAAAAUCUCCUGAAAGGGAGAGAGGGAGUUUUUUAAAAAAUAAAUAAAAUCUAUUGAGGGUCACAUUCCCUUGGGGAUAAUCUGUCAGGGGCUAAAAGUGGACAGGGUCAUUCAUAUAUAUAUAUAUAGUUGUUGUUUAGUCGCUUAGUCAUGUCCGACUCUUCGUGACUCCCUGGACCAGAGCACGCCAGGCACUCCUGUCUUCCACUGCCUCCCGCAGUUUGGUCAAACUCAUGUUGGUCUCUUCGAGAACACUGUCCCACCAUCUUGUCCUCUGGCGUCCCCUUCUCCUUGUGCCCUCCAUCUUUCCCAACAUCAGGGUCUUUUCCAGGGAGUCUUCUCUUCUCAUGAGGUGGCCAAAGUCUUGGAGCCUCAGCUUCAGGAUCUGUCCUUCCAGUGAGCACUCAGGGCUGAUUUCCUUCAGAAUGGAGAGGUUUGAUCUUCUUGCAGUCCAUGGGACUCUCAAGAGUCUCCUCCAGCACCAGAAUUCAAAAGCAUCCAUUCUUUGGCGAUCAGCCUUCUUUAUGGUCCAGCUCUCACUUCCAUACAUCACUACUGGGAAAACCAUAGCUUUAACUAUAGGGACCUUUGUCAGCAAGGUGAUGUCUCUGUUUUUUAAGAUGCUGUCUAGGUUUGUCAUUGUUUUUCUCCUAAGAAGCAGGCAUCUUUUAAUUUUGUGCUUCUUGGGAGAAAAGCAAUGACAAACCUAGACAUAUUCCUUCCCACCCAACAAGAGAGAGACAGAGCACCCCUGAUGUGUGAAGAUGACUCCCCCCCUCAGCUUCCUUCCAUCACUCCAUUCAUUCCCCCCCAUGGCACUGGAAAUUAGGCUGUGGGUGCACCACAGUUCCCCACCCCUUAUUUAGACCAAUUAAUUUAUCCACCCCCAGGACUAGAUUAUUGGGACAGACCACAGGGCAGCGGCAAGUUUGGGAGGAGGUGCUUUUGCCUUACUUUGCCUUACUUGUCUACUUGUCCCCAGAGGUGCCUUGCUGCACACCCAGCGGAAACAAAAUGCCGGGUGGAAUUUCCCUCUGGCCCACCCAACAGAUCUCUGCUUAUGUCCUGCCUCUCCAGUUAGGAGCAAAUAAAUCUCUAGGGGGAGAAGGAAGGAUAGGUCUCUGAUCAUCAGAUGCCCAUUGCAGAAAACCCACAAGUGAGAUUCAAGCCCCACUUUCUCAACGGUCCUUCUUUGGGCUCCAGCCCCUCUUGGCACUGGACACCCGCAUUUGGUAUUAGUGGGAAUGUCAGCAUAACAGACUCUCUAUGCCACAUAGCAGAGGAGAAGCACAUUGGCUUCCCAGAGGGUGUUUUUUCCCAGCAUCCUAGGCCCUCCAAGUGCCCUUGUUGUAAACAAAAUCUGCCCUUUUCCCUUAUGGGGUAUCCAAGAGCCCAUAUAGAGUCCUUACAUAGGUUCCCUAUUGGUAGGAGAAAAUAACAGGCCAACCAGAGAAUAUUGGGAAGCAAAGCAGCAAGUAAGCUUGAUCUUUAUUGAUCUGUUGCAACAGGGUGCUCCCCUCACACGAAGGAGAAGGAGGAGGAACCCAGAACAAUGGCGCACAAGGCCUUAUAUAGACAAUUUAAAUUCCCUGCCCUGGAGCUCCAGACCACCCCUCCAUACAUCAUACAUACAUCACAGAAGGGGUGUAACCCAAGACCACCACCCCAGAUACAUCAUACCUACAUCAUAGAAAAGGCGGUCUACAACAGAAAUCUGAGCGCGUUGUUUAUCUCCUGUCUGACAGGUUACCUGUUAAUGCUCACUUGAUUGGAUACCCUGGGGAGCCUGGCCAGUCUUUUGUAAUGAUAAAUACUUAGUUCCUGAGCCAGGUCACAGGCUCACACCCUAUCAUAUCUUAAAUGUGCCCUUAAGACAGGAUUUGUGAGGAAAGAGACAAUGGGGAGGUUUCCUGACCCGCUCCCUUCAUUGCAGGGAAAACAUUUGAUCAGUUUGGGAAUCAAAAUGGUCUCAGGUCGGUCUUCCUGUGCUGAUCUAUAUACGUGCUUGGUUGGUACACUUAUGAACAUUUAACAUAUAUCUAAGAUGUGGGUGGCGCUGUGGGUUAAACCACAGAGCCUAGGACUUGCUGAUCAGAAGGUCGGCGGUUUGAAUCCCCGCGACGGAGUGAGCUCCUGUUGCUCAGUCCCUGCUCCUGCCCACCUAGCAGUUCGAAAGCACCUCAAAGUGCAAGUAGAUAAAUAGGUACUGCUCCAGUGGGAAGGUAAACGGCGUUUCUGUGCGCUGCUCUGGUUCGCCAGAAGCGGCUUAGUCAUGCUGGCCACAUGACCCAGAAGCUGUAUGCUGGCUCCCUUGGCCAGUAAAGCGAGAUGAGCGCCACAACCCCAGAGUCGUCCGCGACUGGACCUAAUGGUCAGGGGUCCCUUUACCUUUAAGACCUCAAAAUUCCUAUCACACCCCUAUUUCCCAGGGACAGUCCUGGAUUUACAGAAGCCGUCCCGGUUUAUGAUUUGAUCCCAGAACGUCCCGCUUUUCCUUAGGACACCCCUGUUCCCACUGGAGAAAUGUUGGAGGGCAGGCAGCAAGAUGGCUGCCCCGAUGUUCUGAGGGCGAAACAUCGUCUGGGGGUCUUCCGCCCUUGGCCAUCCAAAGUCUGCUUUGUCCAGCUGCCUCUCUCUUGUGUAACUCCACAUUCCAGACGCGCUUUCCCUUCCACCCCCGGCUCCCUGGCCGCCUCUCCCUGCCAGCAAACUGGAAAAGCAGACUGGCCCUCUCUGUGCCAGGACAAACUCUUGAGGAGCCGGGGGGCCUCCGGGGGGAGUCGCCGCCGUGCGUUCCUCUCCGGCCGUCCUUGCCGAGAUGAAGUCAGAGCUUCCCCAGGCAGCUGGGACGCCUCCGCUCGCAAGCCUCUCGCCGGGGGCCAGAUGGACCUAGCAGUCCCGUCCAUCAGGGGCCUGUCUUUUCAAAAAGACAGAAAACCCUUUUAUGAAGGAGAGAGCUCUUGAACUCAGGUCCUGCUUGCAGGCUUCUCAUAAUGGCGUCCGGUUGCCCACUGGGGGAACAGAAAGCAUUGACCCUCUCCCCAUCACUGACCCCCUAUUCUCUAUUCAUGGAGGAAAAGGCUUUAAUUUGAAUUCAGCCUGACCUUUUAUUUCCCUUCCCUUCCUUUCCCACCCCUUUUAUGAAGAUUACCCGCUCUGAGACCCCACAGCUAAUUCUCCCCUGGCCUCCUCGCUGGCCCAAGUAGGACCAAUUCAGCCAGCUAGUCCUGGGGAUUAUCUAAUGCUUAUUUCCCCAAAACUGAUUUUUGAAUUUUAUUGUUAUUCAUGUUUUUAUACUGUAUUUUAUGCUGCUUUUAUAAUUAAGCGUUUUAAAUUUGUUGUUAGCUGCCCUGAGCCCGGUUUUUGAAGCGGGAAGGGCGGGGUAUAAAUAUUAUUAUUAUUAUUAUUAUUAUUAUUAUUAUUAUUAUCACAGUGGCUACCAGCCACAUUGGCUAUAUGCGCAGUAGAAGGCAGCAAUGUUUUUGAGUACCUAUCCCAGGAAACACUGGCCACUGCAAGAACAGUAUGCUGGACUUUGGGGUCCCUGUUUGGCCCGAUCUGCUUACAUUCUUAAGGCUUUGUGGGAGGGAAUCAACAUGGGCAAAGUCUUUCGGCCACUGCUUGCGUCAGUGGCUAGGUAGAGCUUCCAAGGUCAGAGGCAGGCUACCUCUGCACAUAGCAGCUUCUGGGGAGGAACAACGAGGUGUGGGCUGUCUGGUCGUAUGGCUAGGCACUUAAAAGAUUUGAGGUUUACGAGGACAAUGAGGUCUGCAUAAACUUAGCCGUUUCUUUUUUUAUUUAUUUAUUUUCAAUGCAAAAUCAUAACAAAAAUUACAAACAUUAAAUCCAAAAUAAAGCAGUACAAACAAGAAAAAAAAUGAGAAAAAACAACAAAAACCAAAAACACACAUCUACAAAUAAAACCAUAUCAUCCUUCUAAUCGUUACGUACGUAUACACAUAUUGACAUCCUUCCUUUGUUCUAAGACUUCGAAAUUUUUUCUCUUUGUUUUGUCUAAUGUAGAUGACCUCUAUCUUUAUACUUUUUGCACCAUUUUUCUCUUUCUUUAACCCUGCAAAGCUUCAUUCAUUACAUACCGAUUUACUUACUCUAGAGCAAUGGUUUUUUUAUAUACUCUUUAGCACAUCCCCGUUCUUUUAAUAAUUUUUGGUCCAAUUGGACCAUAAACUUAGCAGUUUCUAUUGCCUGGAGUUAAAAUUUGGAUUUUCAGUGUUACAGAAGAGCAGACCAGAAUAAUCCCCCACCCACAUCAGCCCAGGUGAAUUAUUCAAUGCAUUUGCUACCCACACCCAGUUCGUUCUUCUUUUCAUUUACACAAAGACACCCCCCCCCCAAAUUAAUUUCCCAACCCUCCUUGCUUCAGAUCAGUUCAAUUCCCCUUCAAUCACAUGCGCUCAUCCUCCCCAAGAAAUCAUUUCUACAUAAAGUCAUCUUAAUUUAUUCCCGCCCAUCACAUUCAUUAAUAUCAUACCCAUUAAACUCAGACCAACCCUCUCCAAAAAUCCACUACACUUGAGGAAGACGAGGGGCUUAUGGCAACUUAUGGACCCAGCACUAACAAUUAAUUUGGCACUUUGUCGCUGUCAGUCGAGCCUCCACCAUCAAGAGCAGCCUACCUUCAACUAGAAGCAUAUUACAGGGGGUAGUUUUCUUUAUUGUGCUGUUGGGUGGGGGGCAUCAUGGUUGCUCACUGUUGGGUCUAGUUUGAUAUCACAAAGCAGUUCCCUUGCUCCUUCUGUUUUGCCAUUUCUUUUCUUUUUUUAAUAAUAAAUUUUAUUAGUAUUUUCCACACAACAACAACAGCACGAAAAAUAUCGUAAAAUAGCAAUACACAAAACACGAAAACCAGCAUACAAAAAAACACAAAACCACAAAUCCAUAUCUUACAAGUUAACAAUAUAAACAUUAAAAACAAAAAGAAACAUUGACUUCCACCAAUCCCACAGCACCUCCUUUACCUCUCAUUGUGUCUUCCUGUUUUCCUUAUCCUCUCUAUCCUAGCAUCUAGAUAUACAUUAUUAUUAUUAUUAUUAUUAUUAUUAUUAUUAUUAUUUAUUUAUACCCCGCCCAUCUGGCUGAGUUUCCCCAGCCACUCUGGGCAGCUUCCAACCAAGUGUUAAAAACAACACUGCAUUAAACAUUAAAAACUUCCCUAAACAGGGCUGCCUUCAGAUGUCUUUUAAAAAGAAGAUAGCUGCUUAUUUCCUUUACAUCUGGUGGGAGGUUGUUCCACAGGGCGGGCGCCACUACCAAGAAGGCCCUCUGUCUGGUUCCCUGUACCUUGGUUUCUCGCAGUGAGGGAACCGCCAGAAGGCCCUCAGGAGAUGGACCCAGUUGUCCGGGCUGAGCAAUGGGGGUGGAGACGCUCCUUCAGGGAUACUGGGCCGUUUAGGGCUGUCAAGGUCAGCACCAACACAGCCAAUGUAGAUCUCUCAGGACCGGUGUUAUGUGGUCCCAGCGGCCGCUCCCAGUCUAGCUGCCGCAUUCUGGAUUAGUUGUAGUUUCCGAGUCACCUUCAAAGGUAGCCCCACGUAGAGCGCAUGGCAGUAGUCCAAGCGGGAGAUAACUAGAGCAUGCACCACUCUGGCAAGACAGAGUUUCUUAUCCUUUCACUUCACAAGGUUAUUCCUUUGCUCUGCCAUUUCUGGAAAAAAGAAAAGGAACUUUUCACAAGCUCUUGCGCUGCUCUCUUCUAACUGCACACCCAUCCAUCUUCAGCCUCUGCCCUUUCGAAAUAUACGUUUUCAAAAGGGGGCACAUCUCCAAAAUAAGGUCACGCAUGCCCUUGUCACUUUGAGGUUGGGUGGUGUUUGUCAGUUUCUCCUGAAAUAUACAAACCAUCCACCCACAAAACGCAGAAAGAAAUUAAAAUAAAUAAAAAAUCUGGCAGUGGAAGCUAAAACCACCACGGGUCCCUUUAGGCCUGCACUGCCCAGGUUUACAGGAAGGUCUGGGUUAGAUUAAAGCUUCUUAAAAAACCGCAACACGUUGGCAACAGUUUAAUUGCGAGCUGGAAAGCAAACGGUGACCCUCCAGCUUUCUGCCGGAUGAGGUGAUUACCUCAAGUAGACCUUCUGCUGUUCCCCGGCUGGGGUAGUUCUUCCUGCCUUCAAGGCCAAAUCCAGAUGGGAACGGGGUCCAGACUUUAUCUACCAAGCCAGUUUUAACAGAUAGUCCCUCGUUUUUCUCAGGAACGCCCCUAGGGAACUCAAAACGGCACACACUAGGCGAUACAUUAAUUGGCAUUUGGCCUCGUUACCUCCACCCUGGGCAAAAAGCAGGGGCGAAACUAGGCUUUAUUUCACCCGGGUCAAAGACCCAGAUUGGCACACACACACCCCAUGCACAUUUGUGUACACACACACAAGCAGGUUGGGAGCCUCUAUGGCACCCCUCUGGAGGUCUCACCCGGUGCAAAAAAAACCAACAACUGGCCCCUGCCCCUGUAGCUAAAGGUAAAGGUAAAGGGACCCCUGACCAUUAGGUCCAGUCAUGACCGACUCUGGGGUUGUGGCGCUCAUUUCGCUUUAUUGGCCAAGGGAGCCGGCGUACAGCUUCCGGGUCAUGUGCCCAGCAGGACUAAGCCACUUCUGGCGAACCAGAGCAGCGCACGGAAACGCCAUUUACCUUCCCGCUGGACUGGUACCUAUUUAUCUACUUGCACUUUGAGGUGCUUUCGAACUUCUAGGUUGGCAGGAGCAGGGACUGAGCAAUGGGAGCUCACCCCGUCUUGGGGAUUCGAACCGCCAACCUUCUGAUUGGCAAGUCCUAGGCUCUAUGGUGCCACCCGUGUCCCCUCCCCUGUAGCUAUGGCUCUGCAAAAAGGCACAUCUUCAGCUGGUGCCAGCAAAUAAUUAUUAUUAUUAUUAUUAUUAUUAUUAUUAUUAUUAUUAUUAUCAGGUUGCACCAGCCACUCUGGGCAGCUUCCAACAAAUUAAAACACAGUAAGAUAUAAUGAAAAACAUUAACAGUUUUUAUCUCUAUAGUUCCUUAUGAUGGGAGGGUGUCCCACAGGGUAGGUGCCACUACCAAAAAGGCCCUCACAGCGAGGGAACUGCCAGAAGGCCCUGGGAGCUGGACCUCAGGGUCUGGGCUGAACAAUGGGGGUGGAAACGCUCCUUCAGGUAUACUGGGCCGAGGCCAUUUAGGGCAAGCUUCCUCAGCCUCGGCCCUCCAGAUAUUUCUGGCCUACAACUCCCAUGAUCCCUAGCUAGCAGGACCAGUGGUCAGGGAUGCUGGGAAUUGUAGUCUCAAAACAUCUGGAGGGCCAAGGUUGAGGAAGCCUGAUUUAGGGCUUUCAAGGUCAGCACCAACACUCUGAAUUGUGCUUGGAAACGUACUGGGAGCCAAUGCAGGUCUUUCAGGACUGGUGUUAUAUGGUCUCAGCGGCUGCUCCCAGUCACCAAUCUAGCUGCAGCAUUCUAGCAUCAUCCCAGGGCAUCAUGGGAGAAAAAUGGCAGCCCCCUCCCCUCCAAAAAUUAUGUUCUGGCCUCAUCAAUAUAGUCUGCAACUAAAGACAGCAAGGCCAGAAAGAGGGGGGAAAUUGGGGUGGCGGAUUCUAAACAGGAUUAGAUAUCCUGUUAGGUAUUCUGAGGUAUCACUGUAUUAUUAUUAUUCCACAUAGGAAUCACCAGUCAAUGCUGAACGCAACAGUCAGUUGCUCUUCCCAAGGAAUUCUGGGAAUUAUAACUGUAAAGGAAAUGGGGCCAUUCUCAGCAACAAACUACAGCUCCCAGGAUUCUUUGGGAGGGAAGCCAUGACAGUUUAAAGUGGUAUAAAACUGCUUUAAAUGUAUGGUCUGGAUAUUUAGUUGGAUCCAUCCCAGAAACCAGGGGUGGUACAUGACAAGUAAAGGCAGAAAGGUAAAGGACCCCUGGACGGUGAAGUCCAGUCAAAGGCACUCAUCUCGCCUUCAGGCCAAGGAUGCCGGCAUUUGUCCACAGACAGUUUUCCGGGUCAUGUGGCCAGCAUGAUUAAAGCACUCCUGGCACAACGGGACACCGUGAUGGAAGCCAGGAAAUGCUGUUUACCUUCCCGCCACAGUGGUACCUAUUUAUCUACUUGCACCAGUGUGCUUUUGAACUGCCAGGUUGGCAGGAGCUGGGACAGAGCAACGGGAGCUCACCCCGUCACGGGGAUUCGAACCACUGACCUACUGAUCAGCAAGCCCAAGAGGCUCAGUGGUUUAGACCACAGCUCCAGCCACGUCCCUAUUAGAAACACAACACACACUUGGAGAAACGGAUGGAAAUCUUCGGAGAGACUUAUUAGUGUGAAGUUUAAAUUCAAUUUUACUACAACCCAUCUGGCCGGGUUGCCCACCUAAAGUGUUAGGAUCCACCAUACUGCAUGUCUGGAUUUCAUCAGGACUGUUUCCAAUAUUGAUGAAACAACCAUCAUGUUGCAUUUUGUUACUUCUGUGGACUAUAUUUUUUGUUUCUUUCAAAAAGUUAAUAAAAGCUUUUAUAAAAUAGGACUAACUUAGCCAGCUAGCCCUGGUGAUCCUCUAACGUUUAUUGGAUGGAUCUUCCCACUAAAUUAAUUUUUGAAUUCUGAAUUUAUUGUUAUUCACGUUUUAUACUGUAUUUUAUGCUGUUUUUGUUGCAUCAAUUAAAUGUUUUAAAUUUGUUGUUAGCUGCCCUGAGCCUGGUUUCUGAACCGGGAAGGGCGGGCUAUAAAUAUUAUUAUUAUUAUUAUUAUUAUUAUUAUCAUCAUCAUCAUCAUCAUCAUCAAAAGCAACAACCACCCCACAAGGUUGGGACAGAACAAUAUUGAGAGCAACUUUUGCUAAGGGCUUUCUUUUGUUCCAGGAGGUUCAGAAGAAGAAAAACCUCAGAAAUAAUUUUUCUCAGAAGCAUGUCGCCUGGGACAUUUCAGCUCGGCUCUGCUUUUGUAUACUUGGCCUUUGGGUCGGAAACUGAGCUUCCCUCCCCUCCCACCCCCCCCACCCCCAGUCACCAAGGAAGGGGCUGUAAACUGGUGUUUAUUUUCACCAUUGUUUUGCAGAUCAAGGAGCUCACCUUCUUGAAGAACACCGUGAUGGAGUGCGAUGCUUGUGGUAAGUCUGUGUCAAAGGUAUCUCCAUACAGACCCAUUUCUUGGAAGAGUUUAAAAUGAGAUGCAUUCCUUAAAAGCUAGCAAUUGGAGUGAAUGGCGCUUUGUGCAUGCCCAGAGGCAUCCUGGCCCCCAGGCGUCCCCUCCUGCAAAAGAGGGAGAGGACCAUAAGGUCCUUAUUGCAACCAGAUUUCAUCUCAGCUACCAGGUGCAACCAGCCAGCCGUAAGGGGCCAGAGCGCUGCCGCCUGAGCGCACCACCCAAGGCGUGGCCCCUAAUCGCCUAAUAGCGCAUGGCUGGGUGUGCACUGCAAUUUCUGCCUGGCUGCAGCUGAAGGACAACCAGCCUGGCCUUUCUCCCUCUCCCUUGCUCCCUGGCAACCCACUAAUGGCAGCUGCUAGUCCUGCUCCAGCACAUAGCAGCUCUGAGCAUCAUCUCGUCCAAUCCCCUGCAAGGCAGAAAUAAUGUGCAGCUGCCCCAUGUGGGGAUCGAACCUGCAACCUUGGGAUUAUCAGCACCACACGGGUAAAGGGACCCCUGACCGUUAGUUCCAGUCGUGGCCGACUCUGGGGAUGCGGCGCUCAUCUCGCUUUACAGGCCAAGGGAGCCAACGUUUGUCCGCAGACAGUUUUUCUGGGUCAUGUGGCCAGCAUGCUUAAGCCGCUUCUGGCGAACCAGAGCAGCGCACAGAAACGCCGUUUACCUUCCUGCAAGAGUGGUACCUAUUUACCUACUUGCACUGGCAUACUUUCAAACUGCUAGGUGGGCAGGAGCAGGGACCGAGCAACGGGAGCUCACCCCGUCGUGGGGAUUCGAACCACCGACCUUCUGAUCGGCAAGCCCUAGGCUCAGUGGUUAGAUAAAGGUUCCCUGGAUGGUUAAGUCCAGUCAAAGGGGUUUAUGGGGUUGCGGCACUCAUCUCGCUUCAGGCCAUGGCUGUUUCAAGGGGCGCCAUAAUGCUUUAAAUGUAUGGUGUUAACGUGGCUUGAGAGGAAGGAAGAGGAAUAUGGUGGCCAGCUGGCUGUGAGGGAGAGGGCAGACAGGAGGGAGAUGACUGUGGUUGCUGGGGCAGUGCCCCAUUCGCCCCUAACAGACCAGCCUCCAGUGGGGGCAGCCCAACUCCUUUGUUUCCUUGUCUUCCAGGGAUUGGUACAGGAGCAACUGGCCCCGGCAUCAGCGUGGCGGCUCUUAAUCGCUGCUACCCGAAUCCUUGCUUCCCCGGCGUCACAUGCACAGACACCCCCACCGGCUACCGCUGUGGGGCCUGUCCUCUGGGCUACACGGGCAACGGGACCCACUGCACCGACAUCGACGAGGUCAGGAGGUUCCGCCUUUCCUUCUGCGUAAAAGAUGGGAGGCAGGAGAAAGCCAUAGAUCUCUUCUGUUUUUGUUUUUGUUUUUCAAAUUUUUUUUCCCUGGUUUUCCAAUUUAUAACAUACAAAAAACAUCAAAAACAAACAAAUAGGCAAACAUUUAUCCUUGCUAUAUUCCACUUUUGUUAACAUUGUUGAAUGACUUCCUCGAAUCCCCCUAGCUGAGUUUCCCUAUACUCCACUGUAACAGUUUUCCAAAACUAUUUUCCCAUAAAAUUUACUUAGUCAAUUUACAUCUUUCUUUCUUCUCAUUUUAACAUUAACGUAAAGGCAAUUCCAAACCUAUUAUUCCAAGUAGAAAGGCUUCUGGUUUCUUAAUAAAUGUAUAUUUCAACAUUUUUUUCGAUUCAUUAUAAAUCUUUUCCCAGAAGUCUUUCACUUUGGGGCAGGUCCACCACCCCAUAGAUCUCUUCUGAAUCUUUUUUCCUCAGCUGGCUUGGGAGUGGAGGGCAAGCACUAAGAUUGGCUUGGGUUCCCCUGCCCCACAAACACACACAGUUCUUCGCAGAGCAAAAGGAUUGGCUCCCACCCCCACCCCCCAUACCAAAUUGUCUAUUUUCUGUGUGAAGGCCGGUGUUCCAGAACCCCAUAGAAUUAUGGGAGGUAUUCAUGAUUCACACAAUGGGGGAGGCAUGUUGGACAAGUUCACUGGCCUCAUUUUCACCUUGCUCCAACUAAGAAUGUGACGGUGGGGGAAGGACCCGAUCCAAGGAGAUUGCCAUGGGAGGGGGUAGUGGUGCAAAGGAGGGAAUGCAAGCCAGUGUCCCAAAUGGUGUUACCAGAACCGCAAACACACACACACCCGUUUGUAAGCCACUGUUAUAGCGAUGCUAUAAAGGUUAAGGGACCCCUGAUUAGAUCCAGUCAUGGCCGACUCUGGGGUUGCAGCGCUCAUCUCGCUUUAUUGGCCGAGGGAGCCGGCGUACAGCUUCCGGGUCAUGUGGCCAGCAUGACUAAGCCGCUUCUGGCGAACCAGAGCAGCACACGGAAACGCCGUUUACCUUCCCGCUGGAGCCGUACCUAUUUAUCUACUUGCACUUUGACGUGCUUUCGAACUGCUAGGUUGGCAGGAGCAGGGACCGAGCAACGGGAGCUCAGCCCGUCAUGGGGAUUCGAACCGCCAACCUUCUGAUUCGCAAGUCCUAGGCUCUAUGGUUUAACCCACAGCGCCACCUGUGUCCUUUAGCGAUGCUCUAAUCAUGCACAAAUAAGCGAAACCUUUUCUCAUUGCAGUGUGCAGCGAACCCCUGCUUCCCCAGAGUCCAGUGCGUCAACACAGCCCCCGGCUUCCACUGCAACCCCUGCCCUACUGGCUACACCGGCCCCAUACUGGAAGGAGUCGGUCUGGCUUUCGCCAGGGCAAACAAGCAGGUAACUCCUCAGAGAGUAGGAUCUUCUGCCCUCUGAUGGGGGGGGUGAGCACAGCUGCGGAAAGAGAAGGGGGUGGAGCAGGGUUCUUCCCAGUUUUCCAUUUCUUUGCCAUUCCUUGAAGUCAGGGGCCAGGCAGCCUGUUUAUGCUCCCAAGGCCUGCACAUAGGAGGGCUGAUAGGAACAGGGAUGGAAGAAGGCAUCGCCUGCUGUUCCGCCCAACAUCCUGUUUCUCUUCUGCUGCGGUUCGUCUCCCGCCCAAGGCCAUGUCAUCCGCCUCUCUUGUCUUCUCUGGUGAAAUUAUGUAGCCUACAAUCCAUUUUGUAAAUUAAACCAUAAUGGGUUUAAUAACAGGUGGAGACGAAUCAGCGUAUAGAGGGGAGGUCCAAAAAAUAUCUUCAUGGUGCCUAGGGAACAACUUGCACAUUAAUAUCAGCAAGACAAAGGAGAUGGUGUUGGAAUUUCAGAGGAAGAGAGGAGAACUAGCCCCGCUGUACGUCGGGGAGGGCUGUGUGGAGAGAGUCUCUUCCUUUAAAUUCCUAGGAGUUUAUCUCAGUGAAGACCUUACUUGGAAAAUAAAUACAACCCAGGUGGUUAAGAAAGCCCAACAGAGGCUCCAUCUCCUCAGAGUAUUGCGAAAGAAGGAUGUCAAUCAACAUUUGAUGAUCUCCUUCUACUGGUCCACAAUAGAAAGUGUCCUUUCCUACUGCAUCACGGUGUGGGACGCUGGUUUGACAUCAACUGAUAGGAAGUGCCUACAGAGGGUGGCAAAUACAGCACAAGAUAUUAUGGGCUGUCCCGUGAAUCCGUUGGAUGAAAUAGCAGAAGAACCGGCACUUUCUUGAUCUUCUGCCCUCAGGCAGAAGAUAUAGAAGCAUGAUUAGUCGCACCAACAGGGUAAAGAACAGCUUCUGCCCGUGGGCUGUUAGGCUGCUGAAUGAAAAGAUCACAACAGGGCAACUGACUUUGGGGUUUGGUGGGUGUGCGUCAGUAAACGAGGGGAAUGAAGACUAAGAGAGCUGAGUGGCGGGUGCUCGUGUAAUCUCACUGUAUACAAGUUGUACAAGUGACAAUAAAGUACCGGUAUUUCAAUUUCAAUUCAAUUUUUAAAAAAAUUCAAUUUGCCAUUGCAUUAUUCCAACCCCAUUCAUUUCAAUGAGAAUGGAGAUGGGUGUAUGUAAUCGUUACGAAUCAUUUGUGAACUGACAGCAGAAAACAACAGCAAAUACCAUACAGUAUUUGCCAGGUUGGUUUUGGUUCCGGGGUGAAUAAAUGGAUACCAGCAGGCUGGAAGGGUCCUGUCUCUGGGUCAUAGUCCUGACAGUGCCUCUAUAAAAGGCCGCUCAGAUGCAAGCAUACCACUGGGCCAUCUUCACCCAGUAUCUUCACCCUGCACUUGGUCCAAUUACUUACUGAAGCCCUUUUGGUGUGCGGAGUGAGCAGCGCUUAAGCUGGCGAAUCUCCCUUAGAGAGCAGACUUUACCUAUUGCGGUCACACAUGCAGAGAUGCAAGGAAGGAGUUGCUUAUUGCAGGCCAAGUCUGUGUUUCGUCGUGGGGCUAUUGAUCCUCCCAAAUACUUGACCACCCAAUAAUGCCUUUGAAACAGCAAAAAGGUCUUGCGGCACCUCUGAGGACAAACAGAUUUAUUACUGCAGAAACUCAGGCCCCGUCCCAGAAGCUUAUGACAUAAUAAACGUGUUGGGCCUUAAAGUUGCCACAACAGGACACUCCGCUGGUUUUUGCUGCCAGGUAAACAGGCACCAAUCUCCCCUCUCUGUUCUUUCCUGCGCAGGUCUGCAAUGAUGUCAACGAGUGUGAGACAGGGAUGAGCAGAUCCUGUGUCCCCAAUUCCAUCUGCAUCAACACUCGGGUAAUUAUUGGCAGUUGCCUCAGACCAGACCUCCCUUCUGUCCCACCGCAAAAGGCAACCGCCACCCCUCCUUUCAACAAAAGCAGAAGCAGCUCAAGAUGUUAGAUUCCUGACUAAUGUAUUUUAGUUUCGCUGCAGACAAUUAUCCCGAGAGAGCCUCUCGCCUGGCUCUGUCUAUCCAUUUAAAUUAUGCCAGGUGUUAAGUUGUGGGCGAACAUAUCAGACGACACAGCGAUUCUUCCAAGCAGCUCUUUAUUUGUAAGCUGGAACAGAACUGAUCUGAGGAGCUCAGUCAGCCUGCUUAUAUAGAGCUCCAGAACAAUGUAACUGUUGCCAUUUUCUAAAACUAUCCAAUCACUGAACGCCACUUUCGAUCCUUCAUUUGCAUAACUAUCUACAGUAACCCCUGCUGGCCCAGUACAUAACACCAGGUAACAGCCAGAUGCAUCAACAGUUGCUUGUUCAUCUUUAGAGGUGCAAAUGGCACCCACCUUGGGGUGCUCAGACCACCAAAAGCAAAGCAAAGAGACCUGCAUUUGCACCCUGAGAAUCCCGUUGAAAGCAAGACGAAUCACACAGUGUGAUAGGAAUUUUGAGGUCUUAGAUAUAUGUUAAAUGUUCAUAAGUGUACCAACCAAGCACGUACAUAGAUCCGCACAGGAAAACCAACCUGAAACCAUUUUUGAUUCCCAAACUGACCAAAUGUUUUCUCUGCAAGGUCAAAGGAAAAUGGAAAGGCCUCCCCAUUGUCUUUUCCUUCACAAAUCCUGUCUUAAGGGCACAUUUAAGCUAUGAAUAUGGUGUGAGCCUGUGACCUGGCUCAGGAACUAAGUAUUUAUCAUUGCAAAAGACUGGGCCAGGCUCCCCAGGCAAUCCAAUCAAGUGACCAUUAAACAGGUAACCUGUCAGAGGAGAUAAACAACGCACUCAGAUUUCUGCUGUAGACCGCCUUUUCUGUGAUGUAGGUAUGAUGUAUCUGAGGGGAUGGUCUGGGGUUACACCCCUUCUGUGAUGUAUAUAUGAUGUACGGAGGGGUGGUCUUGAGCUCCAGGGCAGAGAAUUUAAAAUGUCUAUAUAAAGGUAGGCACACCUUUGUUCUAGGUCCCUCCUUCUUUCCUGUGUGUGCAGGGAGCACCCUGUUGCAACAGAUCAAUAAAGACCAGGCUUCCUAGCUGCUUUGCUUCUCAAUAUUCUCUGGUUGGUCUCUGUUAUUCUCUCCUACCAGUAGGGAACCUACGUAAGGACUCUAUAUGGGCUCUUGGAUACCCCAUAAGGGGAAAAAAGGGCAGAUUUUUUAUUACAACAACGGUACACAAAGGCCUGUGUUUCCCAAAAGCAAGGCUGUCCCAAGAUCGGUGGAAGGGAAAGAGAAAAGCACCACGAAACAGCAGGGCAGAUUUCACGCACCCAUCCUUUCGGCUGCUGGGCCAUCCCUGCAAAUGCCCCACUGCAAACCACCCCAUUUCUUCUCCCUGCAGGGCUCCUACAAGUGUGGGGCGUGCAAGCCUGGCUUCACAGGGGACCAGGUUUCCGGCUGCCGCAGCAAGAUGGAGAGAAGGUGUCCCAACGGAGAUCUCAGCCCGUGCCAUGAGAAAGCGGACUGCAUUGUGGAACGCGAUGGAACACUCAGCUGCGUGGUGAGUUCAAAGCCUCCUUUGGGCUCCUCCUCCUCCUCUUCCUCACGUCUCUCCCUAAGUAUCUCCAGAUCUAGCGAACAGGGAAGCUGCAAAGUUCUGCAGACUAGAGGAGUUUGAGCUGGCUGGUGUGUUUUUCUCCCCCGGCUCACCCUUAGAAAUGUGAAUUUCAGGUUUCUGCACGUCCAGAAUAAGCAGAAAAGCGAAGACUCCAUUCAAAUCCAUUUCUAAAUCUUUCCCUCACGAAAUCCGGGGGUGGGGGGGCUGAUGCAAAAGAACAACAAAAUACGCCUCUUCUAAAACUGAUGCUUUAAGAUUCAGAAUGUAUGGGUCAUUUUUUGCAAUUAGAACAGCAAAGUUUUCUACAGCUCAAAGCCUUUGUUUUGUUUAGUCUCUGUUGCCCCCUAGUGGCCGGACAUGUGCACCUCCAGAAAUUAAUACCCUCCCUUCGCUCACACCUUAAUCUGCGUUGAUUUAAGGGGAGACCUUUGUGCAGGCCCCUUCAGCACUGAACCUUUUUGUUCUUGUUGCUGUGCGUGAAAAUGCAUCAUGUUGAUUCAAAACCGCACUGUUUCUAGAAAUUGCUUGCAAAAAAAAAAAAAAAUUGCAUAAGGCAAAGUUAAAGGAUGCACGGCGACUUCACUGGAAAACAAGUUUUUAAAAUAAUAAUAAUAACCGCAUGAAUUGGAAGAGCCGCAAAAAGAUUCCAUUGAGCACAUGGAUUGAUGAUAUGGACAGACUAGCUACAUACGAAUGACUUGCAUGUCGACGCAAAUUAAGAAUGGAUAAAUAUGAAGAAAUCUGGAAGGAAUAUUUAAGCAAUAAGGUGGACAGUGGUGGGAAGUAGAGGGAGGAGAGAGAGGUGGCGAAAUAUUGUUAAAAAGGUGUAGCCAUAGGCAUAUCAGUCUUCAAAUCUGAAUUGUUAAUGUUAUUAGUGUUAUAAUGGUUUUUGUUGUAUGUGUCUUUUGCGUUUGUUGUUUGUAUUGAAAAAAUGAUUAAAUAAAUUAAAUAAUAAUAAUAAUAGUAAUAAUAAACAUGUGCAGAAGUGUGGUGAAGACUAGAAAAGUGAGGAACCAGUGUUAACAGGUCUGCCUUCCUUGGUUAAUAUUGUACCCCGUCUGCUUCCAGUGCAUCGUUGGGUGGGCCGGUAAUGGCUUCAUCUGCGGCAAAGAUACUGACAUUGAUGGCUUUCCUGAUGAGAAGCUUCGCUGUACAGACAAGAAGUGCCGCAAGGUAAGAAGAGACGCUCAGCGCCCAAGGCCCUCUCCACCCUCGACUUUGCCUCUCCUUGUAUGAGCACAGCUUAGGCAGACUUAAGAGUUCCAUUCCUUUUACUCUUGUAAAAGGGUAAAGGAGUAUUGGGAAAUGAUCCAUAAUGAAUUGAAAAAAAUGUUUAAAAGUGCUUCCCCCCAAAAAAAAUCCCCCAGAGUCCUUUCUGUUGGGGAUUAUUCAGACUGAAAUUCCCAGGUGUCAGAAAUGGUUAUUUAUGUCUGCCACUACUGCGACCCGUGUUUCGUUAGCCCAAAAAUGGAAAAUGAGUGAGGUCCCAACCAAAGAAGAAUGGCAACUUAAACUGACGGAAUGCGCACAGCUUGCAGACUUAACAUAUAGAAAAAGAGAACAAGAAGAACAUAGGUUUAGAGAAGACUGGAAAACGUUUGUGUACAGCUGAAAACGCUGGCAGCAUUAAGAUAAAUUCAACAGUGUAAAUAAGUUUUUGAUGGGUGUAAUAAUGGAAUACUGAAUGCUAUAGCUUUUGUAAAAUAUUCAGGGAUUUAUGAUAUGUAAAAUGAACGUGGAAAGAGAAGAGGGGAAGUCACUGAUAUCUUAAGGAUGUAAAAAUGAGUACUUUAAAUUGUUUUAUAUAUAUAUAUGAAUGAGAAUGAAUGUGUUGGAUUCCAAGUUAAGAGAAGUCCAUGUGGUGACUUUGGCCAAACAACUCAAACUGGGUUGCUGUGGUUAUUAUUUUUUUUUAAAAAAGAUAAAGUCACAAGUUAACUAUGAAACGGAGGAAAAACACAAGAGGAACAUCACCUUGUUGGUCAAAGAAAGGGAAAGGAUGUAAGGCCUGCUUUUCAUGCAAAAGGUCCUGGCCGGCAGCUCCCCGUACGGCACACACGCAAACACCUUAAGAGCCUAACCGUUGUCUCCCUUUCCAGGAUAACUGUGUGACUGUCCCCAACUCCGGGCAAGAGGAUGCGGACAGAGAUGGAAUAGGAGACGCCUGCGAUGACGACGCUGACGGCGAUGGGAUAAUAAACACCGAGGUUUGAACUCCUGUCUUGGGUGCACGUCAAGUAGACAAGUGCUGUUCUGUUUUUUGCUUUCAGGACCAAGGAAAGCUGUUUCCUGGUUGAGCAAAACGGGGAGGGCAGUUUCCAAUAAGCAACACGAUUGCACAUGCGUGUUAAAAUCGGAAACCCUGUUGUUGGUGAAGGCUGCUGGGUAGCUGUGUGAAGGGCAAACUAGGUGGGGGAGAGGUGUGCUUUAAAUGUAUGGUGCUUUUUUGUGAAGCUUGGAUUGUUGGGUUGCCUCCAGCGAAGUUCUGCUCAGGCUAAACCCUCUGAAAUUAAUGCUUGGAGGAAGGAUAGAGGAAGGAGAAUGCUGCCUAUGCAAGAGACGCACGUUUCCGAGCACAAUUCAAAGUGUUGGUGCUGACCUUGAAAGCCCUAAACGGCCUCGGUCCAGUAUACCUGAAGGAGCGUCUCCACCCCCAUCGUUCUACCCGGACACUGAGGUCCAGCGCUGAGGGCCUUCUGGUGGUUCCCUCACUGUGAGAACCAAGUUACAGGGAACCAGGCAGAGGGCCUUCUCGGUAGUGGCGCCCACCCUGUGGAACACCCUCCCACCAGAUGUCAAAGAGAACAACUACCAGACUUUUAGACGACAUCUGAAGGCAGCCCUGUUUAGGGAGGCUUUUAAUGUUUAACAAACCACUGUAUUUUAAUACUUUGUUGGAAGCUGCCCAGAGUGGCUGGGGAGACCCAGAUAGAUGGGCAGGGUAUAAAUAAUAAUACAGUGGUGCCUCAGGUUACAGGAGGGACGCGGGUGGCGCUGUGGGUAAAUCCUCAGCGCCUAGGGCUUGCCGAUCGCAUGGUCGGCGGUUCGAAUCCCCGCGGCGGGGUGAGCUCCCGUCUGCGGUCCCAGCUCCUGCCCACCUAGCAGUUCAAAAGCACCCCUAAAGUGCAAGUAGAUAAAUAGGUACCGCUUUAUAGCGGGAAGGUAAACGGCGUUUCCGUGUGCUGUGCUGGUGCUGGCUCGCCAGAGCAGCUUUGUCACGCUGGCCACGUGACCCGGAAGUGUCUCCGGACAGCGCUGGCCCCCGGACUCUUAAGUGAGAUGGGCGCACAACCCUAGAGUCGGACACGACUGGUCCGUACGGGCAGGGGUACCUUUACCUCAGGUUACAUACGCUUCAGGUUACAGACACUUCAGGUUACAGACUCCGCUAACCCAGAAAUAGUGCUUCAGGUUAAGAACUUUGCUUCAGGAUGAGAACAGAAAUUGUGCUCCGGUGGUGCGACAGCAGCAGCCCCAUUAGCUAAAGUGGUGUUUCAGGUUAAGAACAGUUUCAAGUUAAGAAUGGACCUCCAGAACGAAUUAAGUACUUAACCUGAGGUACCACUGUAAAUUAUAAUUAUUAUUAUUAGAGACAGGCUCAGGGUUCCAGUCCAGCGGCAAACUCUCGCCCUCCCGUAUCUCUUCAGCCCCCUCCCCUGACUCACCCCUCCUCUCCUCUCCCCACCCAGGACAACUGCGUGUUUGUGCGCAACUCAGACCAGCGCAACAGCGACCAGGACAGCUUUGGCGAUGCCUGUGACAACUGCCGGAACGUGAAGAACAACGACCAGCGAGACAGUGACGGAGACGGCCGGGGGGACUUGUGCGACGAUGACAUGGACGGAGACAGUGAGUGCCUGUGGGGCCCCUGAGCGAUUUCAAAGACAGAGGGGGCUGAAGAGCAGGAUAGAUGAUGAUGAGCGGGUGGAUUAACAGCAAUAAUAGUCACAAAUUAUUAUGGUGAUGAACAUAAGAGCAGGCCUCCUAGGUCGGGCCACCCUCUUCUCACAGUGGCCAAAUACCCCGCAGAGCCUAGAAAUCGAGAUAGACUGGCUCUGGAACUGGAGGUUCUGCAAGAAUGUAAGAAGAGCCUAGCUGCCAGAUCAGGCCUGAGGCAAAGGGAUGGUCAGGAGAAGACAAUCAUAGCUGCUCCAACCUGGCAUCUCACAGACAACACCUGUCCUGUCGUCAUUCCACGACAUGACCGAGAAAGCUCAUCUCCGUUAGAGUGGAAAGAUGGACCAUUUAGUCAAUUAAAACACACACCUUCUGAAUUAAUCAACAAAGAGACACACAACUAAUUGGCCAGGAGGCUUUUUGAAAAACAUGUUAUUUAUUUUAAAUGUAAGCUCCCAGAAGAACUGUGGAUUGGGCAUUCAAUUUUUGUGAGAGCCAGUGUGAUGUAGUGGUUAAGAGCAGUGGACUCGUAAUCUGGUGAACCGGGUUUGCUUCCCCGCUCCUCCACCUGCAGCUGCUGGGUGACCUUGCGCUGGUCAUACUUCUUUGAAGUCUCUCAUCCCCACUCACCUCACAGAGUGUUUGUUGUGGGGGAGGAAGGGAAAGGAGAAUGUUAGCCGCUUUGAGACUCCUUCCGGUAGUGAUAAAGUGGGAUAUCAAAUCCAAACUCUUCUUCCUCACUUUGGCAUAAGCACUGAUGCCUCUUCCAGGAGGAGAAAUCCUGCCUUGCCCCCUCCCUGCAUAGGAGGGAAGACCUCUCCUACAGCUUUCCAGGCCAGGCAAGAUGCCGCACUCUUGAUGACUCUUUUUACCUCCCGCUUCUUCAGAGGUUAAAAAUGUCCUGGACAACUGCGUGAAGAUCCCCAAUCCAGACCAGAGGGACAGCGACGGUGACGGGGUUGGAGACGUUUGCGACAGCUGCCCCUUGAUCAGCAACCCGGACCAGGUAAGCACUUCCUGGGGAAAGGAAUGAGUUGGUGGCGUGUGGUGCAAAUGGGUCUUUUCCCAAGGGUGGGAGAGCAAAUUGAAGGAUGCCUUGAAGGUGAAUGUCUGUAUGGCUUAGAUCUUUCAAGAGAAGGUUUGAAAUAGGGGCUGUAGGUAGACAUGGUUCCCCACCCCCUGCAGUUAAGAUAUGGUUACCAGAUUUUUUUCAAUGACUCCAGGGACACUUUUUCUUUUCUUUUCUUUGAAGCUGAGUAGCAACAGGGAGUCAGUAGUAGGGAUGGUGAGGCAAAAGACCCUGGGCCCAAGCACACAUGCACAUUGUAUAAACGUGCAAAGCCCUUCUUUCGCACCCUGUGAAACAUAAAUGCGCAGAGUUUUAAAAAAAUUGGGCAACAGCACACUGCCCACCCAUGACUCCUGAGCCUUCCCUGAUCUCCUGCCCCCUUUGUUGUGACAGAUCGGGGGAGGCUUGGGAGUCGCGGGCGGGCGGCCGUUGCCCAGGAGAGGCGCAAGGCGCAUGGUUUCUCUGCCAGGCAAGGUGCAAAGCCCUUCUUUCGCGCCCUGUGAAACAUAAAUACGCAAAGCUUUUAAAAAACUGAGCAACGGCCGGCCGGCCGUGACUCCUGAACCUCCCCAGAUCAGUCAAAACAAAGGGGGAAGUGGGGCAGGAGAUCUGUACCGCCGGACGUCCCCGGUUCCCCUUUGGCAGUGGCGGCGGCGGCAGCAGUCAGCAGCCCACAGCCAGCCUGGUAGCGCAGUUGACUCUGGCUGGCUUCAGGAGCUGCUCGCUGCCGUGGCACCUGCCAUUUUGCCUCGCCGGAAGUCCCCAUAUGAUGUGUUGUUGCUGAGGCUGCCCCUGCCACAUUUCCCAGGGACAGAUUUGCAAAUCUGGGGACAUUCCGGGGACGGAAUUUGUCCAGGGACAGAUUUGCAAAUCCGGGGACUGUCCCCGGGAACUGGGGACAUCUGGUAACCCUAAAUUAAGAGUCACGGAUUUCAAAGUCUUGUUUUGCUCCUGUAAACUUUUUUAUUUUCUUUUAAGCAAAUAAUGCAGCUGUUGCUUCCUGUUAUUUAGAAAGACACUGACCACGAUCUCGUGGGGGACCUGUGUGAUACCAACCAAGACCGGUAAGUUAUAGAAAUGGCUCGUCUCGUUUCACCUGUUGGGGGGGUAGGAGCUACGGAGCACCUGUAGGAGUUGUUUUGCUGAACUGCCAUAGUCCUGAGUCCUAUCAUGACACCCAAAGGUAAGAGCAACUGAGAGAGAAUCAUUAUUUCCCCUCAGGGUAGCACACGCCACUGGAUUUGUGCAAUAAUGGCCUCUUCUGACAGGCGGAGCACCCAGAGCAGGCAGUCAUACAGAGAUGCGACAGACAGACGCCUACAAGGGCACUUAGUUCUACUACAUCUUAAGAUCCAAUUGCACCCAACCUGGCAGAUUGGAUGGAUGGAGGACAGGAGGGCGGGGGAUGGUUGAAGGGCAAGACUAGCUCAUGCGGAGAUACAGCAGGCAGCCUCCUGUGGAGUGUGUGGUCCAGAUUCACCUUGAAAGAAACCUGGGAGUCUGGGUCCAGAGUCAGGGCUAGAGCUCAGCCAAGGAAUUUCAGAGCUGGGAAUCGGUUUACUUUUAUUUAUUUUAAAAUAAAAUUAUUAUUUUUUAAAAUUAAUUUUCACAAAAUUAUAAACGAACAAAACACACAAGCAAACAUAAAUCAUAACCUUUAUUAAAAUUACAGUUAUUAACAUUGUUAAGUGACUUCCUCGCUUCCGCUUGGUUGAAUUUCCAUGCAUAUCCUUAUAACGGCUUUACAAAUCCUAAUCCUUAUAUACUUAACUUAGUCCAUUCACAUCCUUAUAUCUUUUCAAUUCGAAAUUGUACAUGUUAAACAUCACUUAACUUAUAUAAAUUCCUAAGCCAAUCUGUUGCCUGCAAGCUAUUUCCAAUUAGUUUAACUUAACAAAUUUAGCUAAAUAAUCGUUGAAUUUUGUCCAUUCAUCCUGAGGGAAUCGGUUUACUUUAGAGGGACCUGUUAAAAAGGAGACAUAGAAAGAGACCUAGGUAAAGGGUAAAGGGACCCCUGACCAUUAGGUCCAGUCGUGGCCGACUCUGGGGUUGCGGCGCUCAUCUUGCUUUACUGGCCGAGGGAGCCGGCGUUCAGCUUCCGGGUCAUGUGGCCAGCAUGACUAAGCCGCUUCUGGCGAACCAGAGCAGUGCAUGGAAACGGCGUUUACCUUCCCGCCGGAGUGGUACCUAUUUAUCUACUUGCACUUUGACGUGGUUCCGAACUGCUAGGUUGGCAGGAGCAGAGACUGAGCAACGGGAGCUCCCCCUGUUGCGGGGAUUCGAACCGCCGACCUUCUGAUCAUCAAGUCCUAGGCUCUGUGGUUUAACCCACAGCGCCACCCGCAUCCCUAGAAAGAGACCUAGCCACUGCCAAUUCCUCUUCUAUCUUCUCCUUUGCUGGGUCAUUGCUUGCCGUCAGGUCAAAGUGGUGACUCUGAGCUUCUCAUGUGGUCCAAUGUUCCCUUGCUCUUGAAGCCUCAGUUCCCACACCCUAAACUUGCAAUCCUCCCUUCCUCUCUCUCUGCACGACAGGGAUGGGGAUGGCCACCAGGACUCCAGGGACAACUGCCCCUCGGUGCCCAACAGCUCCCAGCUGGACUCUGACCAGGACGGGAUCGGGGACGAAUGCGACGAGGACGACGACAACGACGGCAUCCCUGACCGCAGGCCCCCCGGACCAGACAACUGCCGCUUGGUCCCUAACCCCGGGCAGGAAGACACAGACAGUAAGGAAGAGAACUGGCCUUGCAAAAAAGAGCAGAAACCUCACCAGGCCACCUCUCUGGUUUUGUCAUUGGCCACAGCCUCACCUGGAGCGGUUCGUUAGGUGCUGUCCCCUCUCAGAGUGCUGAAAGACUGCAAAGGUGUUUCUGCAGCGGAGACUGUAGUCUCUUUUAGCAUGUAUGGUUUUAUUGACCUGAGCGUAGGGCAGAGAGGAUCACAGCAUUAACAGCAGAUCUUGCUUCCCCAAUUGGAGACCCAAAUCCUGCACAGAGCGAGGCAUCUCUCUCUCCCCGCCCCCAAGUCAUCAGCAAAACUCGUACACACCCCUCUGGCCACCUGCUCUCUAUCCCACGAUGGUGUGGCAUCCAGCCAGGUGAUGUGGGAGAAGGACCACCCACACGUCUCUAUGGCAACAGGGCAGCCUCUUUGGAUCUGUAGAAUUGCAGGUCUCAGUUGGCCUACCAAAGGCAUGGCCUUGACAAAAUAACUGGUUGGUCUGGCUUCCUCUUAUACAUUUCCCCCCCUCCCCCACCCACCGCAAUACAGUCAUACCUCGGGUUACAGACGCUUCAGGUUGCGUUUUUUGGGGUUAUGGAUGCUCCAAAACCUGGAAGUACUGGAAUGGAUUACUUCUGGGUUUCGGUGGUCGUGCAUGCGCAGAAGCGCUAAAUCACGCUCUGCACAUGCACAGAAGCGCCAAAUCGCAACCCAUGCGUGUGCAGAUGCGCUGCUGCCGGUUGCAAAUGUGCAUCCCACACGGAUCACGUUCGCAACCCGAGUGUCCACUGUAUACAGGAUUGGAAGCGAUCCAGGGUAUCGUCCAGACUGACACCCCCGCCAAACUCAUAACAAUAACUUCGAAUCCAUGAGAUCCAUCAACUUGCUGUUGUUGUUUUUAAUUAAAAAACUAUUUGUCUUCCAACUUCAGUAGCUGCUUUGAAUGCCUGUGGGCAGAAGAGAGACCUAGAAAUGUAAAUCAAUACAGUCAUACCUCAGGUUACAGAUGCUUCAGGUUGCAUUUUUUCAGGUUACAGACGCGCCAAAACCCGGAAGUACUGGAACGGGUUACUUCUGGGUUUCGGUGGUCGCACAUGCGCAGAAACACCAAAUCACAACCCGCAUGUGUGCAGACGCAGCGCUGUGGGUUGUGGAUGUGCAUCCCGCACAGAUCACGUUUGCAACCCGAGCCUACGCUGUAUAAAAUAAGUAAAAAAGGAAAGUCCCUGAAUCCUAACUUUUCUUCUAGCGGCAUCUGCCUGCAGGGAGGGGGGCAUGGCAUUUGUGACCUUCCCGCCCCACCAUCCCCUGCCUGGGUCCUUCCGUGAUCCAACGGGAACCCCGAGGGGGGGGGGUAGAGCUGCUCUUAGGAAACUGAGCCUCCUUCCCCCUUCUCCCUUUGCAGGAGACGGAAUUGGGGACGCCUGCCAGGGUGACUUUGAUAAGGACCUGGUGGUCGACCGCAUAGACGUCUGCCCAGAGAAUGCCCAGGUGACGCUGACCGACUUCCGGGCGUUUCAGACGGUGGUGCUGGAUCCUGAGGGAGACGCGCAGAUCGAUCCCAACUGGAUCGUCCUCAACCAGGUCAGCUGGCAAAGGAGCAGCUGGGGGCUUUUACAUACCCCAUUUCCUGCUGUAGUCCGAAGCGGAAGGAAAAGCUUUCCACAGAAUAGGCUUCCUUCCGUGUCCCUGUUCAGUUACGCCCAGGUGGGGAGGGGGCUGUCCAGAAGAGGGGUGUGAAUGUGGCCCUCCAAAUGUCUCUGUCUGGCCCUGGGAACUAGUAGUAGUAAUAAUAAUAAUAUUUUUUUAUUUAUACCCCACCCAUCUGGCUGGGUUUCCCCAGCCACUCUGGGCGGCUUCCAACACAAUAUUAAAAUACAGUAAUGCCUCAAACAUUAAAAGCUUCCCUAAACAGGGCUGCCUUCAGAUGUCGUCUAAAAGUCUGCUAGUUAUUUUUCUCUUUGACAUCUGAUGGGGGGGGCGUUCCACAGGGCGGGUGCCACCACCGAGAAGGCCCUCUGCCUGGUUCCCUGUAACUUGGCUUUUUGCAGUGAGGGAACUGCCAGAAGGCCCUCAGCACUGGACCUCAGUGUCCGGGCAGAACGAUGGGGGUGGAGACGCUCCAUCAGGUAUACUGGACCGAGGCCGUUUAGGGCUUUAAAGGUCAGCACCAACACUUUGAAUUGUGCUUGGAAACGUACUGGGAGCCAAAUCUCCAGGGGUGGCACAGGGAGAUGGAUGUGAGGGAGUCGUUCCUCAGACAUUUAGUUUCCAAGUUGUGUAGCUUCUAAAGUUUUGUGACUUACCACAGCCUUGGCUUUGAGAUGAAAGCAAAUAGGGACGCUGACCCACCCAGUGUUAUGUUUUCUGAACGGCUGAAAAAGCUCCCCAGCUGUUCUACACCGGAUGUAGCUUCCAGGUGGUCUUCAAAGGUGGCCCCACACCAAGCACUUUGCAGUAGUCCAGUUAGUGCUUCCAAACCACCUGUGCUUCUGGAACGAUGCUCUCAGACUGAAAAAAGCACCCUUUCUUUCUUUCUUUCUUUCUCUCUCUCUCUCUCUCUCUCUCUCUCUCUCUCUCUCUCUCUCUCUCUCUCUCUCAUCUGCAGGGAAUGGAGAUUGUUCAGACCAUGAACAGCGACCCGGGUUUGGCAGUCGGUAAGUGGUAUUUUCCACACAUAAAUCCCACAUCCUUUCCCCACCAUUAUUCAUAUUCUUUCUCAAAGUCUUCAUAAAAACCAACCACCAAUAAAGAAUAUCAGUGAAUAGCUGUGUCAUCCGAACAUAAAUGUCAUGGGCUUGUUGAUAAAAGUGAUUGUCAUGGACAUUAUUAUUACUGGGAAGAGUUGCUAUACUUACUGGUCUGAGCUGUUUCCUUUGAAUAAAGUGUUAACUUCACUGGCAUCUUGUGAGUUGUUGGCUGACCUGGCCCCAGCACUUGGCCCGAUAGUGAUGUGGGGCGGAUGGGCCAUGGCUCAGGGGUAGAAUAAUAGUAAUAAUAAUAAUAUAAUAAUAAUUUAUUAUUUAUACCCUGCCUAUCUGGCUGGGUUUCCCCAGCCCCUCUGGGGGGCUUCCAACAGAAUAUUAAAAUACAAUAGUCUAUUAAACAUUAAAAGCAUCCCUAAACAGGGCUGCCUUCAGAUGUCUUCUAAAAGUCUGCUAGUUGUUGUUCUCUUUGACAUCUGCUGGGAGGGCGUUCCACAGGGCGGGUGCCACUACCGACAAGGCCCUCUGCCUGGUUCCCUGUGACUUGGCUUCUCGCAAUGAGGGAACCGCCAGAAGGCCCUCGGUGCUGGACCUCAGUGUCUGGGCAGAACGAUGGGGGUGGAGACGCUCCUUCAGGUAUACUGGGCCGAGAACACCUGCUUUGCAUGCAGAAGGUCCGAGGUUCAGUCCCUGGGGGCUUUUCCAGCUAGAGCUUGGAGACAACCCUUCCUAAAGCCCUGGAGAGCUGCUGCCAGUCUGUGCAGACAGUCCUGAGCUAGAUGGGUCAAGGGCCUGAGACAGGAUUCCCAUGCUUGCAGGGGGGCCACCUCUGCCCCUCAAGGUGCUGCUGGACUGCACCUCCCCACCCCUAGCCAUUUGGGGGCUCCUGCUGUCUGGCAGGAGUUGCAGGCCAAGACCACCAGCCGCCCCCCGCCCCCAGAUUCUGUGGCGGUGACCCCUCUCUCCCUUGCUUGAGGGUACACCGCAUUCAACGGGGUGGACUUCGAGGGCACCUUCCACGUGAACACGGCCACGGACGAUGACUAUGCCGGCUUCAUCUUCGGCUACCAGGACAGCGCCAGCUUCUACGUGGUCAUGUGGAAGCAGAUGGAACAGACCUACUGGCAGGCGAACCCCUUCCGGGCUGUGGCGGAACCGGGGAUCCAGCUCAAGGUAGGUGGCUGAGGAGCUCAGGGGGAGCCCAGACACCGCGGGUCAAGCCAGGAAAAUGGGACGAAACAGGCCACACAAAAUCUCCCAUCUCUGUUUCUCCUCUCUGGCAAUGAGAGCGGGGAAACAGGGAUGUUUUCCCCAACGGCUGAUCUGCAUCUCAAUUAAAGGUAAAGGGGCCCCUGACCAUUAGGUCCAGUCGUGACCGACUCUGGGGUUGCGGCGCUCAUCUCGCUUUAUUGGCCGAGGGAGCCGGCGUACAGCUUCUGGGUCAUGUGGCCAGCAUGACUAAGCCGCUUCUGGCGAACCAGAGCAGCGCACGGAAACGCCGUUUACCUUCCCGCCAGAGUGGUACCUAUUUAUCUACUUGCACUCUGACGUGCUUUCGAACUGCUAGGUGGGCAGAAGCAGGGACCAAGCAACGGGAGCUCACUCCGUCGCGGGGAUCUGAACCGCCGACCUUCUGAUCAGCAAGUCCUGUGGUUUAACCCACAGCAUCACCCGCGUCCCAUAUCUCAAUUGCCUUCUCUCAAAUCUCGUCUGCAUUUUGGCUCCGCAGGCUGUUCAAGCAGUUAAGAGCCAGUUUUCCUGCAGACACAAGGCAAAGGCUCUGGCCGGCCUCCAGGAAAGGGGCUAAGACAGACUUUAGUGCACAUGUUGUCCUCCAGAUGUCCUAGACUCCCAUCAUCCCCUGCCAGGGCAGCCGUCGGACGCCGAGGCUGAUGGGAUCAUGGCCAAGUACUCAGAUCAGAAUGGAAUGCUCCUAGCAAACAGAUCAGGUCAUCUGGAAGCUCCCCUAGACUUUCAUCACCUCAACUAGUCCUACUGCCCUUGGUAGUCUUUUUCUCUAGGAAAAGGCUUGCCUCAAGAUCUCUCUCUCUCUCUCUCUCUCUCUCUCUCUCUCUGUGUGUGUGUGUGUGUGUGUGUGAUGAAUGGCGUAGUUGAGAUUCCCACAUUGCAGAGGGUUCAUCUAGAGAACCCUCAGGAUCACUUCUAACUCUAUUAUUAUUAAAAUUUGUAUUCCGCCCUCCAUCCAUAGAUCUCGGGGCCGUUCACAACAUAAAAAUACUGGAUAAAAAACACAAAAUACAGUUCUAUGACAAGCAGGUUCUAAAUGUGUUCGGAUUCAUUUUGACUACACUGGUUCGUUAGAAUUGUUUCGCAUUCCACAACAUUUGUUUCUUUGAUUUCGUAAGAUCCACGUGCCUGAGUGUUGAAAAGAAAACCUCAAAACCGGUUUACGAAUGAAAACGUUCGCCCAAAAAAUGUUUACAACCAUUAUUUUUAAAAUGCCAGAAGCUGCCUCGAAUCCCAUCUUGCGAAAAAGGCGGGUUAUAGAAAUAGGAGAGGGGCGGGUUGCUGACGCUGAUAGGUUGUGGUUCUCCAAGCACAUCUGGGUGGGGGGCUCAGGGAAGCCCCCACAACCCACUCCUGCUUUCUGAACUUCCCUGCCCUUCCCUCCAAUCCCAGGCAGUGAAGUCCAAGACGGGCCCUGGAGAAUACCUCCGCAACUCCCUCUGGCACACUGGGGACACGGCCAACCAAGUCAAGCUGCUCUGGAAAGACCCUCGCAACGUCGGCUGGAAGGACAAGACCUCCUACCGCUGGUUCCUGCAGCACCGGCCCCAGGUGGGCUACAUCCGGUAAGUGGCAGGGACCAGGUGCACAGGUGCGCCAGGGAUGGGUGCCAGGCGGAAAGGCCUGGCUCAGUGGUGGUCCUGUGAGGCGUUCCCAAAGCAAAGGAAGGAUUUGUUGUUGUUUAGUCGCUUAGUCAUGUCUGCCUCUUCGUGACUCCCUGGACCAGAGCACGCCAGGCACUCCUGUCUUCCACUGCCUCCCGCAGUUUGGUCAAACUCAUGCUGGUCGCUUCGAGAACACUGUCCCACCAUCUCGUCCUCUGGCGUCCCCUUCUCCUUGUGCCCUCCAUCUUUCCCAACAUCAGGGUCUUUUCCAGGGAGUCUUCUCUUCUCGUGAGGUGGCCAAAGUCUUGGCGCCUCAGCUUCAGGAUCUGUCCUUCCAGUGAGCACUCAGGGCUGAUUUCCUUCAGAAUGGAGAGGUUUGAUCUUCUUGCAGUCCAUGGGACUCUCAAGAGUCUCCUCCAGCACCAGAAUUCAAAAGCAUCCAUUCUUUGGCGAUCAGCCUUCUUUGUGGUCCAGCUCUCACUUCCACACAUCACUACUGGGAAAACCAUAGCUUUAACUAUACGGACCUUUGUUGGCAAGGUGAUGUCUCUACUUUUUAAGAUGCUGUCUAGGUUUGUCAUUGCUAAGGAAGGAUUAGACUCUGAUAAUAAAAUACACACAGAGGCUUGAACCAGCAAGACUCUGGGAGGAGUGCGUGUAAUAAUAAUUCCUGUCUACCCCUCGGCCCAGGUCGUUUUAUUCACACAAAAAACUUUUUGCACAGUGUACGUAAGAACCAAUCAGAUUUCUAGGAAUUAAGAUGUUUAAAGCUAAAUUAGAAAGAAUGAAAGAUGUUAAGUGAUCAAGUUAAUUUUUUUUGAGAAAAUUGAUUUUGGAAAACUGUUAAAAUGAUAUACAGUGGUACCUCUGGUUACAUACGCUUCAGGUUACAGACUCCGCUAACCCAGAAAUAGUGCUUCAGGUUAAGAACUUUGCUUCAGGAUGAGAACAGAAAUCGGGCUCCGGUGGCGCGGCGGCAGCAGGAGGCUCCAUUAGCUAAAGUGGUGCUUCAGGUUAAGAACAGUUUCAGGUUAAGUAUGGACCUCCAGAACGAAUUAAGUACUUAACCCGAGGUACCACUAUAUACCGUAUCUUCUUGUUUUCUGUUGUCGCUGAACGCAAGACACCCUGCAAAAUUUAUUUCAAACGUAGCAAGAGGUUAUAAGCUCCCUUGUUUCCAAUUAAUGUAUUUGUCUUGUUUUGGGAAAUGCGUAUUUAAAAAAUAAAAUCAGAUAAGGCAAGCUCCUAAGAUACAAGGGGCCUUUAUUUGGGGUUAUUUCCAAAGAGAUGUUGUGUUAUUAUUUCAAAAACUCAUCUCGGAGACAGGAACCUACGUUGGCUCCCAGUACGUUUCUGAGCACAACUCAUAGUGUUGGUGCUGACCUUGAAAGCCGUAAACGGCCUCGGUUCAGUAUAUCUGAAGGAGUGUCUCCACCCCCAUCGUUCUGCCCGGACGCUGAGGUCCAGCGCCAAGGGCCUUCUGGCCGUUCCCUCACUGUGAGAAGCCAAGUUACAGGGAACCAGGCAGAGGGCCUUCUCGGUGGUGGCACCCGCCCUGUGGAAAAGAGGUCAAAGAGAAAAACAACUACCAGGCUUUUAGAAGACAUCUGAAGGCAGCCCUCUUUAGGGAAGCUUUUAAUGUUUCAUGUAUUACGGUAUUUUAAUAUUUUGUUGGAAGCCGCCCAGAGUGGCUGGGGAAGCCCAGCCAGAUGGGUGGGGUAUAAAUAAUAAUAGUAAUAAUAAUGAUUUAUUAUUUUCAAGCAGAGGCUCCUGCCUCCUAGACCCUCACAUUUUUGCCACAAAUAUGCUGGCAUUAGAAUCCUUGAUGGUUUUCCUUGCCUCUCUAGGGCUCGCUUCUACGAGGGUCCUGAGCUGGUGGCCGACACAGGCGUUGUUCUCGACACCACGAUGAGAGGCGGGCGCCUGGGGGUCUUCUGUUUCUCCCAGGAGAACAUCAUCUGGUCCAACCUGCGGUAUCGCUGCAACGGUGAGCAGGCCCCACUCCCUCCCGCCCAGCCCCACACAUCCUCUCUCCCCUCCUGGGUGCAGCCUUCAAAGCCAUGCCCAUUUUAAUGCCACGGGGUGGAGCUAAAACAGAUUUAGUGACAGGGUUUCACACACAAGCAAAAAGAAAGCGAGUUUCAGUUGCUUUUGCAGACUCCGGCAAGUUGUGAGUCUUGGGGUCGUAUUUCCUUUGGGACUCACCUGUUGGAGGCAGUGAUGCUUCUGGAAACCCCAGGUCCUGCUUGGGGGCUCCCCGUGGGGGUAUCUGGAUGCUGGACUAGAUGGGCCCUUGGCCUGAUCCAGAAGCCAGGUUCCUUAUGUUCUUGUGGAACCUCCAGGUCCGGGGCAGUCUAUCUGGAUUCCUAGUUUCUUAUGGAUAUUUAGCCGCUGUAGGAACAGAGUGUUGGCCAGGGAUGGGUGUACCAAAGCGCUUUACUCCCACAGUCCCAUCAUCAAGUCUCUCCUUUACUGGGCGGGACUCCGUAACUCCCUGCGUUGCAGGGGAUUGGAAUGGAUGACCCUCAUGACCCCUUCCAACUCUACCAUUCUAAGAUAAGCUUAUCUGAAUUUUCCCCAAUUAAUCCGGGGACACUUUAAUUAAUUAAUUACUACACGUUUGGGACGUUGAUGAUGCAGCGAUGGCAGUGGCAGAGGGGCGGCCGCCGCCUUGACCUCAACCGCCACGUUUCCCCUUCCUCUGAGGCGUCUAUCUCCUUUCUCCAUGAGCCUGGGAAGCCCCUGAGGUGUUGGUUCUUCGGUGGUGGUAGUGGGGAAGCAAUGCGUGGUGGGUCAGGCAUGGAAGGCGGAGAAGGAGGGCCGAGAGCAGCGGUGGUGACGAGGCUCGAGCAGCGUGAUGCCUCCCUUCCCAUCGGAGCAGCCCCAAUCCCAUUCCUACUUGCGUGCAAGCAGGAGGGGACAGGGGUCCCUCAGCUAGGAAGCGAGGCUUCACACUUGCCUUUCAGAGCAGCCCCAGCCCAACUCCUACUUGCGUGCAAGGAGGGGACGGGGAUCCCUCAGCUGGGAAGGGAGGCUUCCCUUUGCCUAACUGAGAGAUCCCUGCCCCCUCCUGCUUGAACGCAAGUAGGAGUUGGGAGGCUGCUCCAAUAGGCAGCACAAAGCCGCCCUUCCCAGCUGAGUUGCUGGGCUCAGGGAAGGUGGAGGCAGAAGCUGCACCUUAGAGCCUCUGCACCACCAUCAGAUGGGGACUUCCGGGCAGCUCCUGAAGCCGGCCAGAGCCAACUGCUCCGGGCUGCUGAGACAGCCGCUGCCACGUUUCCCGGGGACAUCAGAUGAAAUCCGGGGACAUUCCAGGGAUGGAAUUUGUCCGGGGACCUAUUCGCAAAUCCAGGGACUGUCCCCAGGAAACAGGGACGUCUGGUAACCCUAUUCUAAGAUCACUGCCUCCUGUUCUCUCAUUCACAGACACGAUCCCAGAGGACUACGAAUCUUACCGGAACCAGCAAGACUACUAAGCGCCUUUUAGGGUUGGCCCGAGACUCACAUACUCACCCCUCUGCUUCCUGCUCUUUUUACAAUAUAUCGAAUUAUGGACAGUCCUGCAACACCUUGCAGCAGCUGCCCAGCCGCCCUCUGGCAUCGCUGCGCCUCCCUUUCCCUAGUAACCGGAAGCCCCCUUGGAAUCCCUCACUGGCCACGAAUCUGCUGAAUGUUCUGCACCGUGCAGAAGAGAAUCAGUUGUUCCAGCGGAGGCGCUUGAGAACAUGGAGGGAAGAGGCUAGCUGGGAGAAGCUUUCCAAGAACUCCAAAGCACUCGCCAGCAGAGGGAGGCUGCUUCCUUCUGCUCCACCCCUAGGUAGGGGGUUCGGGUCUGAUGUCAAGAAAGUGGGGCUGACCGUUGCAUCCCUGCAUGAACCACUGUCCAGGCACAGAUCAGCGAUUCAUGCAAAAACGGGGUGAUGCGGUGCGACGUCCCUCUUGAGAAAUGGUCGUAGUCUUGCAAGUAACCAAUUUUGAGAAAUGUAAAUUAAAUUGGACAGGGAGGGAAAUGUGUGCUGAGCUAAUCCAAUCUGGCCUGCUCUGGCAUCCUGCAAGAGAGGUGCCCCUGCUUUGGUUCGAUCCUCAGCCCCUCAAGGCUCAGGUGGCAAGAAGCCUGGUGGGCGGCUGCCAGUCUGAGCAAGUGACCCUGGGUAAACGUGGCGCAUGGCUUCCUCCCAAACCCAGUUACAUGCCCAUUCCUCGGCCCUGAAUCCUUGGCGCAUUAAAGGCAGGUAAUGAAAUGCGCACCUUCUCAGAAGCAAUAAGAAGAAACGCAGAGAAAGCACUUUUUAAAAAAUAUGUAUGUAUAGAGAAUUUGGAGAAUUAAAUUACUUUGUCUUAAGGACAAGAAGGUUGUGUUUUGUUUUAUGACGCUGCCCGCAGGGCAGGCUCUCUGAAAGCCAGGAGAGAGCCAAGAAAAGCAAAACUGCCGUCUGGCUAGGGAAGAGGAAGGCAUUUUGCAAAAAUAACCCUUUUUAACCCAUUGCAAAGCAGCUUUGCAAUUAACAACAAUUAUUCAGAAAAGCAGAGCUGAGCAGCCAGAGAGAAAAACAGCUGAACUUUAUUACAUUUCAUUUACAAAUAAUGCAAAGUUACAAAGACAAAAAAAAGCCUUCACAGAGAAAGAAAGAAAAAAAGGAAACGAACGAACCAAAAAAAGAGAGAUCAAAAAGAAUGUACACAGAGUUUUGCCGCUUUUUCACAUCAUUGUCAUGUUCUUAAGUUUGCAAAAAGAAGAAAAAAACACACACACGCUUACAAAGCCACCUUCAGGGUUCCUUUUUUUUUUUUUUUUGCCAAGAAAAAAGCCACAAUAAAUUAAGCUUCUAUGCUCCAGAGUUCCUGUGCUGCUGCUGCCCCCAAGUACCCCCCCUCCCCACCCCCCAAGAAAACCUGUAACUCAAUGGUAGGAUUUGCAUAUAUCAGUAAAGUCAUUCCACUAGUCCUCAUGUUUUUGUUUUUUUAAAAAAAACUAUAAAGAACAGGAUGUUACACGGUCCAAAAAUACAGAAAACAAAAGACUGUUCCCUUCCCACCCUUUUAAUCCGCCUUCCCCCCCCCAAAUAUGAUUUUUGUGUUACUGUUUUUUAGCUGCCUGUCUGUAAGGAAAGCUGCCACACACAGCUGAAUCUACCUUAUUCAGAGAAAACCGACAUUUCCCUUGGUGUUCUUUUACACUUUCAGGUGCCCCAAAGGAAAUUGGGGGGGGGGGGAGAGAAAAAUUAAAUUUCCUCCCUGCCCCCAAAAGAAAGCCAUGUAUUGAAAAGCUACCACCCGACUAACAGCUAGAACUAAGCACAUUUUGUUUACUUGCUAAGUUGCGUUAAUGUUCUGGAUGUCUCUAGCAAUAUGGUUAUUAUAAUAUGGAUAAUUACGUUUAAUGUGCAACUGCUCAUGCCCUUAUAGAGUUAGGAACUAGUUAGGAUCGAAGGGGGAAAUAACGUCUAGGCAUGGUCUUAUCCCCCCUACCCCCCCCAAAAGAAAGUGAUGUUAGGGUUGCAGCUCAAUUAAGUUCUGCUCAGAGCAGAUCCACCAGACCCGUUUGGCCACAUCCGUCUGUUUCAAUAGGACUACUCGGAGUAUGGCCAACAGCAGAUGCAACCUGCAAAAGCUUGCAGAAUUAAUCCUGGUGUUUCUGUUGCGUAUGGCAGGGCAACCAAAGAGAUGCGCCACACGACAAGCGGCUGCAUUUGCAAGCCGUGCCUUAGCUAAGUGUUCUCCAAAUCAAGGAUCUUGAGUAGGGAUUAAGCCGUUCCCUCUCCUGGCACAGAGAGUUUUGAGCGGCUUCUGCAAAAGGGCUGAUUUCUAUGCGCUGGUCGGUUAGGGUUUCCCGAAGUGAAACACAGGUGCCGCGUCAUCAAGACGGUUGUGGAUCUUCCCCACUACAAGGAUAAUGGCUUUUAGUAGGGAUUCCUGAUACCGCCAUUUCUCUUUUAAACAAAAUAAAUAAAUAAAUGAUGCAGCUAUUCCCUGUGGUCUUUCUAAAAACUAUCAGCUGCAAAUGAAGGCUUAUGAAACUAACAGAACUGUAAUCUAGAACUUACAGGUAUCCCCAGACCUGGGGGAGGGGUGCACCACGACCCCCCACAAAACACUUAAUCCUCCCGCCCAAUUUGGCAAAAACAGACAAACCCUAAAACAACCCUCCCUCCUUUUAUUUCAGCAAGUCGUGUUUAUUUGCACUGAAUUCAAUUGAAUCCUACUUGCUGUUCGUGGGAUUUUUAAAGUGGGGGACAUGCCAAACUUCACAUCCUCCCUCCCCAAUCACACACACUUGCAAAAGGGUGGAGGGGUUAUGGGGAGAAGUAUGUUGACCCAUUCAUUUUUGGGAAGGGGGGGUCAGGGAGAGCAUUAAGCCUCUGCUGAUCUGCCCAGUUAUGUUUUAAAGCUCUGCUGGUGCUUUUUUUCAGAGAAGCUUCUACUGCGCACCCAGCCCCAGCCUCCAAAAACCUGCCUGCCCACCCCGGCCAGCAUUGGGGGGGGGGGGGGCACUAGGUUGGCGAAGGCUGGGCCAGGAGAAGACACGUCCGGCUCAGGUCAGCCGUGCCAUACAGUAACAGAACACCGUUUGGAUGUGGCAGCAAUUGAUAAUAAUGGUGAUAAUCAUUUUAUUAUUUGAACCCCGCCCAUCCGACUGGGUUUCCCCAGCCUCCCAAACAUAUAUAAGUUGUGUCUGGGGGGGGGAGAGAGAAGGCAUCUGAGAGCCCAUCUCCCCCCCCCCCAACCCUGUCCCAAAGGUGAGCUUUCCAUCUUUUUUUGACACACCUGAAAAUUGGGGCUGGUGGGAGGAGGAGAACGAUUAACGCUGGGAAUUUUGUCAUUGUUAUCGAUAUACCGAGAAGGCUUUGGGGUGGAGGGGCGGGGAGUAGGAAAGGAGAGAAGGGAACCAGGCAAAAAGCAAAAAGAGGCAAUGAAUUCUCAACCACAGGCGUGAGAUCGUCCAACUUGCAGGUGGAGAACGGGGACAUUGAGCCAAGACAGCCUUUGCUUCAAUACACAUGCUAAGAUACCAACAGCUAUUAUACAUUUUUUUGCUUUCGGUUCUUAUGUAAAUGGGGGAUGAAAACCAAAACCCAACACCCCAAAGGCAGAAAGUACCAAGCUGUUGCUGCUGCUGCUGCGGCCGCCUCAAAGC